AUGAAUCAAGAGGAUUUCCCGACUCCUCCGACCACUGAGCUAGCAGCCUCACCUAGGCGGGCGCAGUCUAACAUUCAAAAUACAUCACCUCGAGAAUCGUCUUUGCUCGGUUCACCCGGGAGCAGUCAGAGCUAUGCAUCGGGCGAUGCCCAUUCUCUUGACGAGUUCGUGGUCAUUCCAGAGCAUUCUUCCGCGGGCGAGGAUACAGUUCCAGACAUCGCCGUGUCCCACUCCAUGGAUACAGAGUCAUGCAAUUUCCUUUCAUUUCUUGAACCAUUCCAUGGAGCUAUUACUUUCGACGAGGAUCUGAUUCUAGACACAAAUCUCGAGCCAGAUUCAGGUGCAACGCCAUUUGGCCCAGCAUGCCAACAGCCAUUUGAACUAGACUUCAGUCUCUCCCAGUUACUCGAGGAGGAUAAUGGGGAGAUCGAAGAAAUAAUCAGACAAUCCAAUAAUAGCGCAAGCCCGUGGCCUCUUUCCUUCCCUGAGCAGGACAAUGCGAUUUUUGAUUUCUCCCGUGUUCCCGACCAGCCACCACUGCCGCAAGAGAGUCAAGAAAUGUUAGCUCUGCGCUUCGACAGACUGACAUGCGGUAUCUUAUCCGUCAAAGACGGCAAGACGGAGAAUCCAUGGAGAACACUAAUCUGGCCUCUUGCAAAGGAAACACCCGCUCUAUACCAUGCCCUGUUCGCACUUUCUGCAUUCCACUCUGCUAAGGAAGACCCAUCCCUCCGCGUCCAAGGCGUCAAACACAUGCGACAAAGCAUGACAUGUCUGCGACAACAAAUCCAAAAUAUGCGCACUGAUACGGCCUUGGCCACUAGUCUUGCGCUCGCAUUUGCCGAUACCUGGGACCAAAAUACUCGCACAUGCGUCCAGCACUUGCGAGGAGCAAAGGUGCUUAUGCAGCAGGUACUCACAACCGGUGUCCAAAGUGGUCCGAACUCCGAUCGGCUGAAUCGCAUCCGAUUUUUGUAUAAUACCUGGACAUAUAUGGACGUCAUUGCGCGGCUCACAUCGUUGGAUGAUUCAGGCCCAGACGAUGAUCUGACACCGGAUAUCUUCCAUCCACCUGGCGACGCGGUGCAUGAAAUUGACCCAUUGAUGGGCUGCGCAGCUACGCUUUUCCCUCUGAUCGGCCGUGUCGCAAGACUAGUUCAGCGAGUACGAAAAUGUGCCUCGAAUUCAGUUUCCAUUGUAGCACAAGGGAUGGAGCUCAAGUCGCUGGUCGAGCAAUGGGAGCCACCGCAUUGGUUUGAACCGCCGGAGGAUCCUACCUCCGAAGUACAACACAGUAUUCAAGUCGCACAUGCAUACCGCUGGGCAACGUUGCUGUAUCUCCAUCAGGCUGUGCCGGAAAUGCCAUCGGAACCGGCUGAAGAACUAGCUAAGCGGGUACUGAUACUGCUGGCCACUGUACCUCCUUCAUCACGGACAACCAUCAUUCAAAUGUUUCCACUUCUUGCUGCUGGCGCCGAAGUAGAUGAUGAGGACGAUCGGAGGUGGGUCAUGGAUCGCUGGUUUACUAUCCAGUCUCGCUUGAUGCUGGGCGGGAUUGAUCGGUGUCUUGAUGUUGUACGGGAAGUGUGGGGUCGCCGCGACAAACUAAAUGCACAACGGCAAAGGGACCAAGAAAAUAGUUCUAGCUCAAGAGCUGGAUCGUUUUCCUGCGAGAGCAAAGCAAAUCCUAAUGCUGGUUUUGGGUCGCUCAACGGCAAAACAAAUGGCAGGGCCUUCCAUAAUCGUGCAAACUCUGGUGCUCAACAAGAUGUAUCGAUGCAAGGAUUACCAGGGUUGAAUAAUUCCAAAUCUGCCCCGUCAAGGCGUGGCUCUGCGCUUUCAUCACUGGAGAGUAUUGAAUUUGAGAGAACAGUCCGAAGCAGACUACAUUGGGUUAAUGUUAUGGGAGAAUGGGGCUGGGAAGGUAAGAUUCAUCCACAGUCACCUACUCAGUAA